AUGUUGGAAGCUCAAACACAAAUGGCCUCCAGUCCCGGGCAGACCUUAAAUGGUCAGGAGGUGCGAAGAAUCCCCCGGUUCCAGCUGGAUAAGAUAACGAAAAUAGCGACCUGGAAUGUUAGAACAUUAUUUGCAGCUGGAAGGCUCGAUAAUUUGAUUCAAGAAAUGGACAGAAUGAAGAUAGAGAUCCUUGGAGUAUGUGAGGUCCGAUGGCCUGGAAGUGGAAUGGUCAAAUCAGGAGGAAAAGUCUUCUACUACUCUGGUGACAAUGCUAAUCGUAAUCAACACGGUGUUGGUAUCUUGAUGAACAAGAAUCUGCAGAAAUCUAUGAAGUGCUUUGUCCCAAUCUCCGAGAGAGUGGCUCUCGUCCAGAUACUUGGCAAGCCUCUAAACAUCAAUAUUAUCCAGGUUUACGCUCCGACAGCAGACAAACCUGAACAAGAAGUCGAAGACUUCUAUAAACAAAUAGAUACGGCCUUGAAACUCACAAGGACUAAUGAAAUAAAUAUAAUUCUUGGAGAUUUUAAUGCCAAAGUUGGCAGGGGCAGGACGGGGUCAGUGGUUGGCGACUGGGGUUUGGGUGAGAGAAACAACAGGGGCGAAGGGCUGGUUCAGUACUGCGAGGAAAACAAUCUUAUGAUCGCAAACACAUGGUUCAAACUCCCGGCAAGACGACUAUACACCUGGAAAUCCCCACAAGACAAUAAUUAUCACGUUGUUCGAAAUCAAAUAGACUACAUCAUAAUUAACAGAAGGUUUCGAAAUUACAUCACCAAAAUUUCUACAAUGCCGGGUGCCGAUAUCGCAUCAGACCACAACUCGGUGUGCGCCAACAUUGUUCUACGUCUAGCCAAACCUAAGAGAAAGAGCCUUAGGAAGACAUUCGACCUACAAAAAUUAAAAGUUGAAAAAACAAGACUAUCAUAUGAGGACCAUCUUAAUAAAGAACUAGAAAACGUUGUCAACACCAACGACACUGACAGGUAG